UCCCCGUCCAAGCCCAAUUUGAAAGCUGCGCGCGUUGGAUUGGAGACCGUGGAACGAUUUCAAUGUGAUUCAGCGCCACAAGCAACGUGGGUGUUGUGCGUGCAUGAGAGCUGUGCGUUUGCGUGUGCGUGGUGUUUUCCUUUUUAUUUUUUGUAGACAUUUUUCGUGUGUAUGUGUGUGAUGAGGAGCGGAGGACGAGGUGGGAGCAGCUAUGAAGCGCGUGUCAUCCCUACUCAAUUUCACCUGUAUGAACGACCUUGCCAUUGUGAGCGAAAUGUUCUUAAAAGGCUUUCCGUGGACGAUACAUGUGUCGCCCUUUCCCUAAGAUCUGAAUCUGCUCGCUGUUGGAGUCAAGACACUCUAAGAUAGGGGGUCAAGCGCUGUCUCGCAAGGAUCACAAGUGCCAUUUUAAAGCUUAUUGGAUGAAAGUGUCAUUUGCCCUUGGUUGCCAAAGAUGACGUUGCCAUGGAAACAGUUCCUUCUGUUAUCGAUCAUCGAGUGUUUGACUGACAGUCUGGACAGCGGGUUGUACCAUGGUCCAAGAUGGCGAAUGGAGCCAGGUGAUCUGUUCAUUCCAGUGGACUCCAUAGAGGAAGAGGCGACUCUGACUUGUGAUGCCAAGAGUACCCCACCUCCUCAGUAUAGAUGGUCGCUGAAUGGGACUUUCAUAAAUCUGAGCCUGGAUCGACGGCGGCGUCUGUCAGGGGGCAACCUCAUUAUAAGCAGCCUAGACCGCUACCAGGAUGUAGGCGUCUACCAAUGUAUGGCCUACAACACUGCAGGAGCAAUCCUCAGCAGGAGAGCACAUCUCAAGUUUGCCUACUUGGAUCAUUUCAAAGUGCACACCAGAAGUGCUGUGUCGGUCCGAGAGGGACAAGGAGUGGUGUUGCUUUGCGGAACGCCUACUUCCUCAGGAGAUCUUUCAUAUGCGUGGGUCUUUAAUGAGUACCCAUACUUCGUCCAGCAAGACAAUCGUCGCUUUGUCUCUCAGCAGACAGGAAACCUUUACAUCGCCAAGGUGGAGCCAUCUGACGUAGGCAACUACACUUGCGUUGUGAUGAAUAGCAUCACAAAGGGCAAAGUUCAUAGCUCACCAACAUCUCUCAUUCUCAGGACAGAUGGAGUGAUGGGUGAAUAUGAGCCAAAAAUAGAAGUUAAUUUCCCAGACAAUGUACCCGCAGCAAAAGGAUCAACAGUUACACUGGAGUGUUUCGCUCUCGGGAAUCCUGUCCCAGAGAUCACCUGGAAGAGGGCCAAUGGAGUUCCAUUCCCCAGCAAAGUCAAAAUGAAGUAUGCCAAUGCAGUGUUAGAGAUCCCCAGCUUCCAGCAGGAGGAUACAGGAGGAUAUGAGUGUGUGGUUGAGAAUAAGAUGGGAAAGAAUACAGCCACAGGUCGUCUGGCUUUCUAUGCCAAGCCUCAGUGGAUUCAGACCAUGAAGGACACAGCCCUGGCUAUUGAAGAGAAUUUAAACUGGGAAUGUCGGGCCAGCGGCAAACCCAAACCUAUUCACACGUGGCUGAAGAAUGGCCAGCAGCUACUCUCCAGGGAUAGGAUCCUUGUGAAGGACGGCACUCUGUCUGUGUCUGUGCUAACACUUUCCGAUGCUGGAAUGUACCAGUGUGUGGCCGAGAACGAACACAGCAUUAUAUAUUUUGCUGCUGAACUAAUGGUUUUGGCCUCUCCUCCAGACUUCACAGGGACUGUCCUUCGAGCUUUACUUAAGGCCAAGGCAGGAAGUACAGUUACACUGGAGUGUAAACCCCAAGCAUAUCCCUUGGCCAGCAUUUUAUGGAAGAAAGGAAACCUUCCCAUUCUUACCAAUAACAGAAUCACCCUUUCACCAGAUGGAACACUGAGGCUUGCCAAUGUGAGCAAGUCGGACGCAGGCAGCUACACAUGCUUCGCUAGGAAUAGAUUUGGCAUGUCGAGUACAACUGGAAGGCUUCUUGUUACAGAUCCAACCAGAUUUAUCCAGGGCCCAGUAGACAUGGAAAUUAUCGUAGGCGAGAGUAUCGUGUUACCCUGUCAGGUGACCAGCGAUCCAGUGCUCGACGUUUCUUUUUCAUGGGCCUUCAACGGACAGCUUAUCAUCAGUGAUGACGGUCACUUUGAACUCGUAGGCGGGAGAGGUGCAGGAGACCUGAUGAUCAGGAAUAUUCAGCUAAACCACACAGGCAAAUACAUCUGUGUGGUGGACACAGAUGUGGAAAGCCUCUCAGCCGUGGCUGUAGUGAUCGUAAAAGGCCCGCCCAGCCCACCAGACUCUGUGACAGUGGAGGAGGUGACAGACAGCACCGCCCAACUGGCAUGGACCCCUGGACAGGAUAACGGAAGCCCCCUCAUCAACUACGUCAUUCAGACCAGGACACUUUUCACUGUGGGCUGGCAAAAGGUUAACACAGUCCCAGAAACAAUUGACGGGAGCACACUGACAGCCACUGUGGUGGAUCUUAACGCAUGGAUGGAGUAUGAGUUUCGAGUUCUGGCAAGAAACGGUGUUGGAGUUGGAGAACCCAGCCCUGUGUCAAUCAAGACAAGGACAGAAGAUGCAGUGCCUGAUGCAGCGCCAGGUGAUGUGGGAGGAGGAGGCGGAAGCAGGACAGAGUUGGUCAUCACAUGGGAGCCUGUCCCCGAAGAACUACAGAAUGGUGAAAGCUUUGGUUACAUCAUUGCUUUCCGAGCCUUUGGAGAAGUCAGCUGGACCCACGUAGCCACCUCUGCCCCUGGCGCCUCCCGCUAUGUGUACCGCAAUGAGAGCAUUGCACCCUUCUCCCCAUUCCACGUCAAGGUUGGCACGUAUAACAGCAAAGGGCAGGGUCCCUUCAGCCCUGUGGUCACUAUCUACUCUGCAGAGAUUGAGCCAAGUGGUGUGCCAGUAGGUGUUUGGGCCAGGAGUGUCUCCGCCUAUGAGAUCGAGGUCAAUUGGCAGGCUCUCUCCUUCACCCCUGAAAGGGUUCUCGGCUAUGAGGUCGUGUACUGGGAAGAUGACACAAAACCAGAGACCAUGGGGAAGGUUCGGGUACCAUGGAACCACACCUCUAUUACAGUUAGUGGCUUAGCAGGGCACACACAAUAUUUCCUGACUGUCAGCGCCUUCAACACAGCGGGAACAGGCCCCUUCCUUCCUGCAAUCAAUGUAACCACAAAAAAACCCCCACCCUCCCAACCACCACUGGAUGUUGAAUGGACUCUAAUUGGCUCCCAACUUUCUCUUUACUGGGAGCCAGUCAUUGCACUGGAGUCAGAGUCAGAAGUGACAGGUUACCAACUUUCAUACAGGAGAAGUCAACACAGAGAUGUUAAUACAUUCACAACGACCAAUUCAACAGCUGAGCUGACUCUCCCUGAGGUCGACGACGAAUACAUCAUUUACAUUCAGUCCCUGAGUGAAGGAGGCCUGGGCCCUGCUUCAGAUGCCAUUCGAGUCCACCAGCUUAGUAUGAGUGCUCGUGGCUCAAGAGCCUUGAAUGCGGAAGGAUCUGUGCCCUCCCUUUUCCUUGCCAUUGCAAUAUCAACAAUCAGGUCGACACUGUGAUGCAUCAGCUGUGGUUUUCUUAGUCUUAACAGUGUCUAUUUUGGAGAUGUGUUAGUUUUUCGGAUAUUGGGUAGAAGAAGAGUAGAAGCACUGUCCCUGUACAUUUCACCCUUUUGUUUUUUUCUGUACUCUAGAAUGAUGAGGAUGCCUUACUUCUAUUCAUACACAAUAAUAGUUUUUGCCUUUCUUUCAUUACUGUCCUAUACUAAGACUUUAAUUAAUGAAGAUUUUUUUUUUUUUUUUAAAUCUCAUAAAACCUCAACCAGAAAUGAUAUUUUGGGAAGUUUCCCUUCCUUCGUCUAAAUUGGCAAGCAUGAGCACAAUUGAAGUGAAGCAAUACUUCACAUGCACCCAUGUGAGUUUCAACUCAGUUUCAAACUCAUUGACAUAGGAGAACGACACAUUAGGCAUCUUUAUCUUAACAUGCGGUCUCUUGCCAGGUUCAAACUCAUCAGUCAAUUUACCUUGUAUGAUUUGAUUAUGGAGCUCUCCGUUUAGCAUGAGAGCUCCUCAAGGUUUCUAUGCAUCAGAGCAGUCCCUGUGCUUUCAUGCAAACUGAUGGAUUGGAUUUUACUGUGCAUUUACCAAAACGGCAUCUGUAGGGAGAUUGAGUUAGAGAGACAAAGUAAUACGAAAGUGCCAAAACAAUUGGAUCUCUAAUAUACCAUUAAGGCUGAAGGAUACUGUAAUGUUUCCAUUUCAUGAGUUAUGUUUUUGUUUACGUGGGAGAGGGGGGCACAGUAUAAUCUUCAAUGUCUCACCACACACAUUAUUUCAACCCUAACAAUAUUUCCUAGUGAUUAUUUUGUUAACCUGGGUUUUACAUUGAAGUUUAAGAAUCCUAACACACAACUCAGUGUUACAUAGUGUAUAACACUUUCAUAAUGUGUGUUCUGGUGGAAUUAAUCAAACAACAGUCCAGUAACUAGUAUAAUAUAACACUUGACGUUUAUUGCAAUGUCUUACUAAAUUCUUAUUUAGCACAUCAAGUUAUUUGUUUUUUUUAUCUGCACAUCCUGACACUUCUAUCCAUCCAUCUAUUCGUCCGUCUUUUCGGCUGAUCUAAGAUCAAGUUAUGUAGGAAGCUGCUUCAGCAGGAAGCCCAGAUUUCCCUUUUCCCAGCCACUUCAUUCAGGUCUUCCAGGCUAAUCUUGAGGCGUUCCCAGGCCAAAGGGGAGAUAUGGUCUCUACAGCAUUUUCUAGUUUGUCUGUAGAAAUUCCUCUCAGUGGCCCCUGCUCUGAAGAGGCAUCCAAGAGGUAUCUUAAUCAGAUGCCUGAGGCCCCUCAUCUGAUUCCUGUCAAUGCGGAGGAGCAACGACCCAUCUUGAGCGCCUGAACAAAUUACAGUGGAAAUCCAUUUUGGCCGUUUGCAUCAGGGAUCUUGUUAUUUCGGUUAUGACCCACAGCCCAUGACUACAGGUAAAAGAGUUUGAACAUAGAUAAGUCAUUAAAUCAAUAGCUUUGCCUUUUAGUUCAGCUCUUCUCAGCACGACAGCGAUAAAUACUCAUAUCUGUACACGCUGCAUCAGAAUGGCUGUCAAUCUCAUGUUCCCUUGUUCCCUAACUAGUGACCCAGACCCCGAAAUACAGGAACUCCUCCACUUGAGGCAGGACCAUAUCCCUAACCUCCAGUGAGCACUCAACCCUAUUCUGACUAAGGACUAGAUUUGGAAGUGCUGAUUUUUAUUCUAACCCAUUUCUCAAUCGGCUGCAAAAUGCACCACCAAGAGUUGGAAGUCAUUGCAUCAUCUGCAAAGAAACAGAUCCAAUAUUGACGCCACCAAACUGAAUGCCCUCAACUCCUCAUUUGCGCCAGAUAUUCUGUCCAUAAAGGUUAUGAACAGAAUCAAUGACAAAGGGUAGCCUUGGCCAACCCCCACUGAAAUUAAUCUGACUUGCUGCUAGCUAUCAGGAACAAACCCCAACACCAGCUUCGCAUGGAUUAUAGUCUGACUAUAUCUAGUCCAGAUUCUUCAACCUUGCAGUCUAACUUGGGCACCUUCCCUACCAAAGGCCUUAGUCAUGACUUCUCAACCUUGCAAACUUACAUUAAAGCCUUCCCUAUCGGACAGGCGAUAUUUCGUAACCCAAGAGGCAGCUUCUGGACCUGUGGAUCUGCCUUCAUUUGCCAUCUAGCUCUCUCUGAACCCGACCCCCUUGGCCCCUCCCAUUGGUGAGCUCAUGCGAAUGGGGACCAACAUUGCCUUUUCGUGAUGUGCCAGGCCGGGCCCUAUGGUUUUAGGCCCAGCUACCAGGCACUGGCCAACGAGCUCCACCUCCAAGGUCCUGACAAAUCAGGUGAUCACAUAUCUUCAAAUUACAAACCCCUGCAUUGUUAAGUAAUGUGUAGGAAAACAUUGAACAGCCGAUACAAAGAAAGGGUACAUGCACAGUCCAUUUAUAAAAAUGCACUUUUGCAAGCAUUAAGUAAGUUGUCUAGCUCAGGUUUAAUGGCUGAAUUUCAUUAUCCCUGGGUUUUGACUGUCGAUUUUCCAAAGCAAUUUGAAAAUGUCAUUUUGAGUUCUGGGAAAACUGAUUCGAGCCUUCUCUGUUGUACUUCAUGGAGUUGUCCAAUUAUUUAGACAUAUACUGAAAAGAUUAAUCAAUACUGAAAUCCAUCAGGACAACGCUGUUGCCCAGCGACUCAGUUGAGCAUUAUCAGUGUUUGUAGUCAGCAGGAGAAAUUUCAAGUGCUGCAAACAAAAUAAACAUGCCAGUCUGAUCAUCGUAAUCUCGCCGCUGACUUUUUUGGAAAAAUAUAUGUUCAGCUGUGUUCAUCUCUUUGUGAAUCUGUCUGUUCGUUGUCGUCAGUUGGAUUGGCUUCUUUACGUGCGGUAUUUGUUGUCAUUGUUGUAUUUAAGCCAACCACACCUAUUUCAUAUUUUAAAUGUCCUGGUGAUUGCUGAAAGUUCAGCUCAGAUAUACAACAACAUGUACCAUGAGCCUUAUUUUAGACACUGUUUAAAAGACAUUAAAACACCUUAACACAUUCAAAUAGGUCUGUAACACAAGCCAAAUUUGUCAAGAUUUAGGAAGGAAUACAUCGAACACCGUUCAUGCGUGCAUGUGUGCGUGUGUGUUAUAUUUUGCAAACGCAACAUGAAUGAACACUACUACAGUAGAUGGAGGAGCAUGUUUCUCUCAAACGAUUAACUUUAAGAGCAAAAGGGAACACAUUUGAAGGUCAUGAUGUUUGCAAACUCUUAUGCUUUUUCCGUCACGUAUGUUGUUUUUCCAUCUUUGUAUGCUAUCUUUUUUAUACAUUAUAUUGCAUUAAGGAAUGUUACUUUACCUAUGUUUACCUAUGUAAACAUAUCUCGCUGUUUUUACAAAUCUAUAUUGAAGGGGAAAAACAAUUUCUGAAUUGUGUUUUGGGUAUAGCAAAGCAAUGGUGACAUCUUUGUUUUUGUAAAGUAGCAGUACUGUGGCUAUAUUUUAAUGGAUUACAUGUGAGCGUUGCAAUCUCUUGCACUGUUUGUUUUUAUGACCCUGAUUGUUUAGAUUUUUAUUUUCUUCAACAAUUCUUCACAAAGGUCAAGUGUUGCUUUAAUAUAAUACCAUGUGACAGCAAAAUUAUGUGCAUGUGUUCAGAUUUGAAGGAGCAUUCCAAACGAAUGACUAAAAACUUCACUAAGUAAGAUUUAGUGAAACCUGAAAAAUACUGUACACGAGUAAAAGUUAUGUUUCAUAAAGUUGACAUUAAGAGCCUUUUAAUUUCUUUUAUUUUCAAUUGGAGGCAAAACAGUUUGCAGCACAACAAAAUGACAAGUUGCUUGACAACGCUUGGCCUUUCUGUUGACUCUUGAGUAUUUUGCCAUUCAAGUGAUCUCUGUGAGAUUGUGGCAGUAGCAUUUUCACAUUGAAAAGUCAUUAGCUGAUCUUGAUAUGCUGAAGCUGUGCAUGUAUGAUAUUGUUUUGUGCAUUUGUGUUUUCUAAAUGAGGCAGUUAAU